UAAGAACGAACAGGAAGUCCGUCGAGCGGCUCGCUUAGAGGCCAGGAGGCAUCGUUGGCCACAUGUGUUUUACGAACUGCUUUCUUGUGAAAAAGGAUUGUCGAAAAUGCGCCGUGUUUACGUAAUACAUGAGAGCGCAACACUACGACAAUGUUGCUAGACAUUACGAAUCAGAGAAGAAAGAAUCUACGGCGACGAUACGACGAAUGAGAAGAAACAUUACACGGUGUACAAGUAUAACCAUAAAAGAAGAUAAAUUCGUUUCGAAGAUAAAACGAGUCUCCCCGGUAUUCUACCACUUUUGCUCUGCUCGUUAUCGUCGUCUCUCGACACAUACGGUACGUACUCGUUUAAUUCGGAAAGGUGUAUUUUCGUUCGUUCAGAGGAAAGUACACGAAGUCAGAAAGAUCGUUUAUCGUCAUCGAGCAAGCAGAACGAGACGAGCAAGGUACGAAAGACCUUACGAAUACGAAAUCUCUCUCUCUCUCCCUCUCCCUCUCUUUUUCUUUGCUUUUCUUUUAUCAUCCCUCAUUUGGAAAAGGACGAGUCAGCAGUGUGCAUUUCGUAGAGAAAAAGAAACAAGCAUCUCCUUGAAUAGAAAAAAAGAAUAUUAUUUGAGACAUAUAGGAGAAUUUUAAAAGGCGCACGUGGUGAAAGGUUAGAGUAGGAAGAAGAAGAAGGAAUAAGAGAGAGAGAGAAAGAGAGAGGGAGGGAGGGAGGGAUUCUCGAAUCGUCUCUCGCGUGGCAUCGUACCGGCGCUGGCAGUACCCAUUUCGUCCGUAGUACUUUCGCCACGAUCACGACAAAAAGUCUAGUAAGAAAGUUCGAGGACGCGCGUGCGCGAGUUCAUACCGGGAAGAAAAGUACGACGCGACAUUACACGAACAUAACAGCGGAUAUACACCAAGGAAGAGAACGACGGCUGCAACCGCGUGGGGGUGUUGGGUGUGUAUUGUCCCUGCGUGCAACAUUUAACAAUCGACGAAUAGAGCUAAACUGAGAGAGUGGGGGGAAGGCAAGCUAGAGCGCGCGGGUGUUCUCAUCGUUCUUAACGAUAUUUCACACACCGGCUGAAUACCACCAUGCGCUCGAAGCACGGCACGAUGGUAACACUAUUUUAUUAAUGACCUGAGUGAUCGGGAAUACGUUCGUGGUUAGGAUUCUCACUCUCUCCUUUUCUCUUUCCUACCGAACAAGAAGAUAAAUCGACGGGUGAGUCAUUCAUGAAACCGGCGAGUACUUGUGUUAUCUUACAUUUCUUCCCCGUUGGAAAGUAACUAGUGUUGUUUCGAUAAAUUUUAAACGGAAGUGAGAAACUUCAGAAGAAACGAAAGAAGGAAAAAACCCCGCGUCGCAAGACUGAGAUAGAUAUAGGUAGAUAUAGGUAGAGAUAGAGAGAGAGAGAGGGAGAGAGAGAGAGACAACUACGAAGUAUAUAGAGGAGGUGGGACCACCCCAUUGCUGCUGCUGCUGCUGCUGCUGCCUCGUGUUUUUGUGUCUCCGCGCGUGCGAUUCAAGAUGGCGGCGAAGGUGGUCAGCAGCGGCGCUCAGGGAAGUACCGAGCGAGAGGAGGGCCCCGGGGUAUCCUAUGCAAGCGUAGUCAAUCCCAAAGCUGCCUCGAACGAAACUACUACCAGCAGGGUAGUAUCCUCGAGCAAAGGAAACAAUAAGGAGAAUAUAGGCGGCCAAUUUGCCGCGCGUCAGGCCAAUACGACCGUUAAAGAACGCAUUGUCUCGCAAAAUCUUCCUACCAAGGGUAAAUCGUAUCAAAGAACUGGGAGACGAUUUGCGACAGCCACACAACCGCAGCAACAACAACAACUUAGAGUUGAUAAAUGUCAGAACGAGUUUCAGAUUGGUAUUGAUAUAUCUGAAAAGUCUUCAAUGAAAAAGGAGACCGUACACGGUCAACCGGAUGUUGUAUCUAACACGGUGAUAUCGGAACAAGAAAAAUUAAAUAAUGGGGAUAUUGGAAGCGACGGAGAGUUUCAAACUGUCGCUCCUAAGAGCGCUCGGAGGAAAGAAAAAUUGAGAGAACAACAGAGAGAACACAGGGAACGUCAUAGACAUCGUGAUCAUAGAAAUAGAUUGCGUGGUAUUAGCGACGGUAGUAAAGAGAGAACGAUCAAAGAUAGAGAUCGAACCGAUAGAAAUGGGAUCGAACAUAUUCUCAAUAAUAAGGAAGGUAUUAGAGAAAAAGAGACUCGAGAAGAUAACCAAGUCCAAGCGUCUGCUCCAGUGAAGUACGUGGAGGCUCCCUUACCUGCCGUCAAUCCAUGGAAUAAAACGAAACCUCUUCAAUCUUUCGUUCAACAACCCGUCGCUGCUUCUAGCACGAACACUUCGGUCUCUACGGACAAACCAAGCGUAAAGGAGAAGAGAGUAUUGCAACCGCAGCAACAACGCUUACAAGGUAUAAUAGAAAAUGGACUUCCUACCACUGCCGAGCCAACGAUCGUUAAAGUCUUAAAAGACAGAAGAAAAGUCAACCAAAGGGCCAGCGAUUUUACGGAUAUCGGAGAUUGGCCAACGUUGGGAGCUCAAGAGAAGAAAACACCCGUGACAACUUCGAAACAAAAUGGUGUUACCGAGCAAAAUAAUGCGAAGGAAAGUAAUGGACAUGCGAUUGAAAGUAAAGGAAAGGAAAACAAGGAUAAUCAAUGUCAGGAUGACAGCGAUGAACACACGGACAGUAGCGAGAAAAGAAAGAAAGUGAACAAACAAAAGUGGGUUCCAUUUGAUAUAGAUAUAACAAAAAAUAGAGGCAAGAGAGAACGCUCGCCAAAAUAUCAACACCAAAGAGAAAAAAAUAACGAAGAUGGAGAAACCUGCCGAGAUAGAGAAUACGAUAGACCAGGAUACAAUUUUAGGGGUGGUCGAGGUGGGCGAAACUUUAGGGGUAGAGGACGUGGUGGGCGUGGUGGCAUGUCUCGUGGUAACUUUAGACAUAGACAUGAUCACGAUUAUUCCAAUUAUACCGCAGAAUAUGCUCAGAUGCAAAAAUUUGGUCCACUCGAUCCAGCGUACAUGAUGCCAUACAUGGGAACUUUUUAUUUUAGCAGUGCUAGUUUCAUUAACAUGGAUACAACGACUCUGAAAGAAUGCAUAAGAAAGCAAAUAGAGUAUUACUUCAGUGAAGAGAACCUAUUACGUGACUUUUUUUUGAGACGCAAAAUGGAUGCCCAAGGAUUCUUGCCCAUCACAUUGAUCGCAUCUUUUCAUCGCGUACAAACUUUAACGACCGAUGUAUCUGUGGUGAUCGAGGCUAUAACGGAAUCUGACAAAUUGGAGUUGGUUGAUGGAUUUAAGGUCAGAACAAGGAUCGAUCCAUUAAAGUGGCCCAUCCUGGAUGCAGCUGGGAAUCCCGUUUAUUCCGAUUCAUCCAACGCAUCGGUACCCUCUCGAAACGAAGUAAUUCAUCCUUCAUCCGAGGCUGAAUUUUAUCCAGCUGCGAGACCCUUAUCAUCGAUUCCUGUUCCCCCAAUUCCACGAAUCCUCCAAUCCAAUUAUCAAUUACUAUCGACAAUAGGAAGAAUAAGCGAAUCAGAGAGUAUCUCAUCCUCGAUGGGCGAUAGUUUGAAUCCGGAUGUGCCUGAAUUUAUACCCGUAGACUUGACAAGCAAGCUCGCAUUGAGUAAACAAGUAAGUCAACAACGAGAAAAUGGUCUAUCGAGAAAAGAUGAAAUAGUCGAAAUACCAAAUUCCGUUCUUCCUGAACCAUCGAGUAAUGAAUUGUCUCCACUGUCAACCAAUGAAUCGUCGAGUAGCAGCGAGUCGAUAACCUUGAAUGAUAAAACGCACAUAAAGAAUUGUACCCCAGCGAAAGUACAAAUUGACGAUCAAAAACCAUUGGCACCUUCGUCGCCAUCCGAUAACAGUUGGAAAGAGGUAAAAAGGAGAGUGAAACAUUCUCAUAGGGAAAAAUCAGAAGAUAAGGAAAAACCUGGAAUUCAUAAAAACGAGGAACGAGAAGAAUUAGAUUUCCAAUUUGACGAAGAAUUGGAUACACCACCUCCAACUGGACGGCACAAUGCUUUUUCCGAAUGGUCAGAAGACGACGAAGACUAUGAAUUAUCUGAUAGGGACGUUAAUAAGCUUUUAAUAGUUACGCAAAUGACUGUUCCGAAUUCAUCGAGGAUACCUAAACACGAAGGUCAUGAUCGUACUGGUGAUUGGACAACAAGAGUAAAGAUGACACAGGAUCUUGAACAGGCUAUUAAUGAUGGAUUGUAUUAUUACGAAGAAGAUUUGUGGAACAAAGAUGGGCAAAGAUAUGGAUCGUCCUCUUCAAUUAACAAUUACAAAACCGUAAAUGUCAUCAGCCAAGAGGAUUUUGAGAAAAUGGCCCCGAAACCUCCAAGAAAAACCAAUCCCGAAGUUCCUCCACCUCCACCGUCUGCCGUCGAGGACUUGGACAUUUCGCAACAGUCUCCUCCUGUUCAAGUUCCUAACUCGUCAGAAGGUUCGAGUAAGAGGGAAAGAAAGAAUGAAAAAAAUCGUUGGAACGACAAAGCGAAAAAUAGUAGAAGCGGAAGACGUGCAACUGUUCCAAGAUUCUUUGCAGUGGUUAAGGAUGAGCCAUCGGUUGAUCCUCGAACGCCGCGAAAACGAAAGACUCGUCACAGUAAUAAUCCUCCUGUAGAACAUCACGUUGGUUGGAUAAUGGAUGUUCGGGAACACCGUCCACGUACUUAUUCUACAGGAAGCAGCGCUGGAACGAGCCCCAGUGAAAGUUAUCUGGCAAGUAGUUACGGAAGCGCGCCUCAAUCUUUACCGAUAUUCCAGCAUCCCAGUCAUGCCUUGUUGAAAGAAAAUGGAUUCACUCAACAAGUCUAUCACAAAUAUCAUUCGCGUUGUUUGAAAGAACGCAAAAGAUUAGGUAUCGGUCAAUCCCAAGAAAUGAAUACGCUCUUCCGCUUCUGGUCGUUCUUCUUGCGAGAAAACUUCAAUCGUACGAUGUACGAAGAAUUUCGAAAUCUAGCCAAAGAAGAUGCCUUAGAGGGCUACCGUUACGGACUGGAAUGUUUAUUUAGAUUUUAUAGUUACGGUCUAGAGAGAAAAUUCAGACCCCUAUUGUACAAAGACUUCCAAAUUGAAACUAUAUAUGAUUAUGAAAGUGGACAAUUAUAUGGAUUGGAGAAAUUCUGGGCCUUUUUGAAAUACUACAAAAACUCUGACGAGCUUCACAUUGAUUCACAAUUACAAGAAUAUUUAUCCAAAUUCAAGAGUAUCGAAGACUUUAGGGUCGUAGAGCCCCAGAUUAACGAAAUGCUCCAAGGAUUCGCCACAAAUGCUCGAGCACAGGCAGCGAAAAGACGUAACAGAAGUCUUUCCGAAAGUGGCAGUGGUAGUGGUACAGAUGGUUCUCCAAUAAGUAGAGUUCGACGGCUCUCGGGUGGUUCCAGUACGGUCACUUUACCAACAUCCAAUUCCGACGGUCCUAACAACCAAAAAACACGCGUAGACACCGUCAAUAUAUCACAUUUUCGUAGUAGGGCGGGUUCUUUCGGUUCCGGAAGAUUGGGACAUCCAAGACGAAAGAACGAUCCAGCUUCGUCAAGUAGUCAACGUGAUCUCAGUAAACAACAACCAAGAAGUAGACAAAAUUCGUGUUCGCUCGCAAAGUCUUACGAGACGUGUAAGGCUCAAGGCACUGCCAGACAUCAAACUAGUAACAAAAAUGAACAGAAGUCUUUAACAAGUAAGGCAGAAGGGAGUUUGUCGAUAUAUCAAAAGUGAUUUGCUCGUUCGUAUCACCUACGAACUAUCAUUUUCGUGCGGAAACAUUGAAGAAGAGACAAGAUGAGAAAAAGUCUAUCGUUUAAGACGGACUCGUGUAAAUUCAUGACCUUAACAAGGAUCAGCGAGCGAGAGAGAGAGAAGGAGAGAGACAAUGGUGUUCUUAAAAGAAAUCGUGCAAGGGAGUAAACGUGAAAAAAGUAUCGUCGUUGAAAGAUCGAUUGUGUCGUCGUUGGGACGAUGACGGUAUGUUUAAGCCUUAAACCGGUAUUUCAAAGCUCCUCGCAGCAAUACAUCCUGUUCUGAAAAUUGUGCGAAUUAUAAGGUAUGUCGUUAGUCGUGAAAAUGUUUUAGAAUUUUAUUUAAGAUGAUAAUUUAACUCAUUUUUCAAUCCUUGCUUAGAGUGCCGUAGCUGUUAUCGCGUGACAAAUUUUUCCUCGAUUCCACUAAUUUUUUAGGGGAACUAAAAAAAAAGUUUGUUAGAGGAACUGUAAGAACGAUUGAAAAAGUCGAUUGGUAAGAAAGCCAAUCAUAACCAUUUCUGUGAAAGAUCCAAAUCCUUAUUUUUUAUUCCUUUGCGUGCAUAAUAAUUAUUUACCUCUGGUGAAUGAGUAGUUAAAAUUUCAUUUUAAAUCGAUCUUUUACGGACGGAUUAGCACGUUAAAAAUUAAAAAAAUCAAAUUUAUUAGCAAGCAGUGAUGAUAAAGAGAAUCAUUUUGAAGCAACAGAAGGAAGAAAGAAAAGAAUAAGGAAAAUAAUAAAGAAAUAAAAGAAAUCAAUAGAGUUUUUCGCUAGUGUAUGAUCUCGUAUAUCGGACAUAUACGAUUUCGUAAGGUCUAAGCUUAUUAAAGGUUCGUGCGGCUUAAGAUUCAAUGAUAAUGUGGCAUAUAUCGAUUAGAUAAUUAAAUGAAUAUCGACGAGACGAUAAUUACAUAAAUAUCGUCUGUCAUUAAUAAUUAGCGCUGACAAUAUUUCAUGCAAUCAAUUAUAUUUGUUAUUUAUUCAUCAAUUGGAUUAAUGAUUAACACAAUUCAAGUUCUGAUUAUAGUAAAAUUAAUGUAUCUCCCCCUAUAUAUUUAUGUUGUUGUAUCGUGUUACCAUAUAACAAUUAAUUAAAACGAUAAAUGGAAUUCUCACAUAGACGUUUAUCGUUUUUUAAUGUUGACAUGGCGAAAGAAACAUUCUUACAAAGAUGAGAACUUUAAUUGUACAUUGUUAAGCCAACUUAAUAUUUGAAUAACAAAUUUAAUCGUUGAUCGAAUAAAGUAUUAACAACGGGCUGAUAAAUAUAAACGAAUGUUGCACUUUCGGUGAAACUUUCGCUUGUACAUAUUUAUCGAAUAUAUGCCAUUUGGGAAAUCACUCGAUUAAACAAAUAAAGAUGAGGACGAAGAAAAAGAGAAGAGCCCGCAGAAGAGAUUCAUGAAUGUUUCAUCGAAAUUGUGACGCUCGAGCAUCAUAUACGGUGGUAGUAUCUGUAUAUUUAAGGACGGUUAUACUAUUAUCGCUAUUAUUAUUGCUGCUAGUGCUACUAUUACUACUGUCAUUAUUAGUAAUAAUAUUACUACUGCUGUUAUUGCUACUAUUAGUAUCGUUGCUGCAGACAGUACUAUUACAGUAACGGGGUCAAUGUGAAAACGAAUGAAAUAUGCUAGAACUAAGCUGCUUAAUCAUUACAAAUACAGCUGGAGAAAGAUGUAUCGAGGGGUUAGAAUAAUAUUAUCAUUCUUCUUCUUCUUAUUAUUAUUAUUAAUAUUAUUAUUAUUAUUAUUAUUAUUAUUAUUAUUAUUAUUAUUAUUAUUAUUAUUAUUAUUAUUAUUAUUAUUAUUAUUAUUAUUAUUAUUAUGAUAACUGAUAUUCUAUAACGAAAUUAGGACAAAUAAUUAGAUUUUAUAUGUGAGUUUGAUUUACUGUAUUUAAUUUAUAGUGCAUAUUGGAAAAAAUUUCGGUUCUUACGUGAUAUCGCUUAUGAUGAAGAAUAUGUAAUGAUUAUUAUUGUCGUUAAAUGAAAAAGGAAAGAGAGAGGGAGAAAAAGUUGCAAAGAUUCGAGUAAAAAUAGCACGUUUUUGAUCGAGGCAGCAUGAAAUAAGGAGAAGGGAAAAGUUGUAGGUUUUCAAUUAAAAUCCCUUUUUUUUCCCUCAAGUAAGCACUAAAAAUGCAUAUCCCAGGAGAAGUUUCCUAUUUAUAUACGAUUUUUUUUUCUUUUCUAUUUUUUUUUUUUUUCUUUUUUUUUUUGUCCUACGAAUUCGCGUGUACAGCGUGAUGUAAAUACAAUUGCUAGAAAAAGUUUUAUAUAUAUAUAUAUAUAUAUAUAUAUAUAUAUAUAUAAAAUAUAUAUAUAUAAUAUUAUAUAUAUUAUGUAUAUAUUAUUAUAUAUAUUAUAAUAAUAUAUAUAUAUAUAUAGUUACAGAAAAAGCAAGUAGAAAAGAAAUGAUAUUUAAAUUUGCCAAAUACACAGAAUUUCUUCCUAUAGGUACUAAGAAAACUGUUAUUCUAAACUGCGUCGAACGAACAUGCUAUAGAAGUGUGCCGAAUUUCGUGCAAUAGAGCCUACAAUAUCUAAUUUUUUUCUGGUUUCACCGAAACAUCUCUUGUUCUUUCAUCUUUGUCGUUGAACAAGUUUUUUAGUUGUGUCAAGAGAAGAAAUAUUCUUUUUGUCGUUCACACGAGACACGUACAAAAGUACUUUGUUAUAAUAAAGAGCUUACCAUUAUUCUAACCGGAUUAGAUAGGAAAAAUAUAUAAAGUAAUAACGACUGUUCGCCUCUUCUCAUAAUAUUUUUUUUUUAUUUAUAGAGAGAGAGAGAGAGAGAGAGAGAGAGAGAGAGAGAGAGAGAGAGAGAGAGAGAGAGAGAGAGAGGGAGGUUUCGCCGUCUAAACGAUCUACAUGAAUCACUGCCGACAAAAGAAAUAUCGUUAAACAGUCAGGACGGUAAAUUAGAUAACGCGCUUCGCGUGAACUCGUUCGAACGCUUCGUAUUUUAAAGAGAAGAUGAGAUAGAAAAAAAACGUUCCUCAGGUAACGAAAUAACUGUUUUUUGCAAGAAAAUCAUAAAGCUAUGAUAUUACAUACCUUCAAUGCCGUGAUGGAUUUCGUGUUCAUCAUUAAAAGCAUCUACUUGUUAUUUAUUUCGUGCCGUUCAAUAAAAGUGAUACGAUAGAUUUGUAUAUACGCGUAUACGUGUACAGGGUGAGUCAUCUUUAAUUUGGAUAAUGCCUUGAGAAUAAUGAUUUCGUCAUUUAGAAAAAUUAAUAAAACGGAUAUUUAAAGGUAUCAAGGUAUUUAAAAAUGUCGGAUGAUUCGCUUUGUAUAACGUGAAAAAUGCUCUUGUAAAUAUCAUGUUGUACGAUUGUACUCAGAAAGAGAUAAAAUAACGAAACCGAUUUAUAUUGUAGAUCUUUUUUUCUUUUUUCAUUUUUUAGAGAGAGAAAAUUACAGAAUGCAAUAGAAAUGAAAUUUGUAAUAAUUAACAAACGCUUCUUUUCGAUAGACUUUCUUUAACGGCUCUUUUUUAAUCUUCCGAUAAGAUAAAAUGAAAAAUAUUUUAGUUACCUAUGUUUUAUGCAUUUUACCAUAAUUCAUAUGUAAAAGUACAUACUUAAACUAAAUCUAUACAUACAUACAUAUAUAUAUAUAUACAUAUAUAUGUGUAUAUAUAUGUAUAUAUAUACAUAUAUAUAUAUAUAUAUUAUGUAUGUAUGUAUGUAUGUAUGUAUGUAGGUAUAUAAAAUGGCAGAUAAAAGAAACGAUACACUAUGUAUGCUGCAAAAAUUCGUUUAUUGUGUAAACAUGCCCUUCUUAUUCUCAUUGAAACGCACUAGUCACACGUACCGCAUACAUUAUAACCGGUAUAAUAAGAACUGUCGAAAAUAUUACAUCGUAUAUGUAUAAGAAAAAAGAGGUGCAUUUAUUAAAUACUACUUAUAACACGAUUAAAAUUAAUUUCUUCGAAACGCUUGCUACAUUUUGACGGAAAAAAAAGGAAAGCAUUUAGGCAUCUCUUAUAUUUUUGUAUCUCAAAUACACGUAAUCCUUUUGCGAUAAUAAAAUUAAUAGAUUUUCGGUAGCACUUUGCAAAUUGACAAGAGUUGAGAAGGGAAAAAUUAAAUUCGGUAAUAAUUUUUCUUUUUCCAUUUCAAUUUUCUUCCAACAAAUUAACCUCGCAUAAGGACGAACUUAAGCAAAUUUCUAAAAAAAAAAACUAUUCUUCGGUCUACAGUCGACGUUUUACUUAAAAAUUAUGAAUAUAUGUAAAAUCGAAAAUAUAACCGAUGAGUCACAUCUACGGAUGAAGAAUUAAACGUGAACUAGCACAAACUAAUAAUUACACACUUAAUAUCCAGGAAUAAAAAGAAUGAAAAAGGAAUGAAUGGCUCAUAAUGUACAUAUUUCUUUCAUAAUCUUUGGUUGCCAUUUCAUAAGCGGCGAUAUUUGAUUUUAUUUUUAAACGAAUUAAAUAAUAACUUAACACGGGCGCGCUAUACUAUUACGAUGACAACGUUCUAUAAAUGUAAGAUUUUAGAAUUAGAUUCAUUGAUUAAGUUUAGAAAUCGAUCAGGAAAUGAGCCAAUAAACUUUAUGGCGUCCUUCGAGAUAUAACAUACCCCUAUAUGUUAUAUCCACGAUAAAAUAUAAUGUUGUAGAUAUAAUGAGAAAUAUUUUCCCACGAAAUGCGGGAGCCUAUCAUAAUAUAAAAAAUAGAUCUUUUGCAUUGGAUUAUUUUCAAAUGGUGCACGAUCGUCUUCUUCCCUGAUAUAAAAAAAAAAUAGAAAAAAGGUAAUUUUGUAACACAUAGUACAUUUGUAAAUAGCCACAUAUUUCCGUAAAGACAUGCACACACAUAUACACACACACACACACACGCGAACAAUCGCAAUUUGUGCUACAAAAAACCGAAGAAGAAGAAGUGUAUAAUAAAUAUAGAAAAAUAUUAAGAUAUAGAGACUACAACAUAGAUAGACUUACGUACAGGACGCAAAAGAUCAUAUGCACGGACUCGUACGUAUACAUCGUUACUUAGUUUUGCUGCUAAUAAUUCUUAAUUUUAUACUUAAGGCUUGCAUUAUUAUAUAAAAAAAAAAGGAUGAGGUUAACGGUUAAUAAAAACAAAAAAAAAAAUAAAAAAAUGUGUAAGAAAUCCGUGCGCGCAUAUAUAUAUAUACACAUAUAUAAAAGCAGCUGCUAAAAAGAAAUGAUUAUAUAUACAGGCAACCCCUCUUAUAAUACGGUUAAUUUGUACCGUUGCCUGUACAUAUACAAUGCAUAAAUAUUAUACACAAAUAUACACACAUUAUAUAGAGAACUUAUACGGUCUCAGUGUGUAAAGUUAAUUUCGCGGUGAUGCCACUCUCCGAGCGAAAAUUACGACGACCUCUACUUGUUUAUUUAACUUGUACGAAAAGCGAAGGGAAGGAGAAAAAUAAGAGCAAAGUCACGAAUCUCCGGCAAAACGUUUGAAUCAACUGCCUUGAGUUUGUACAGAUACUGUCCCCCUCUUUCCCCCUAGCCCUACAUUGACUUUUCUCCUCUCUGCUCUGAUUAUUACGUAUUUUCUAUUGUUGUAUAUAUCGUAUUUUUCUUCAUCGAUUCUUUGCUUUCAUCUAUUAGUAUGUUUGUAUAUAAGUAGUAUGUUUGUAUGUAGUAAAUAAUUCUUUUUUUCUUUUUUUUUUUUAUUUUUUCUAAUUUCAUUCAUAUUAAUUCUACGUGUAUGUAUCGAUUAGAAUUUCGUUAAAUAUAAAUAUUUGAUUUUUUCGUCGAGUUAUCAUCGAAGGAAAAAGAAAAAAUAAACGGUAAAGCUCUCGACUCACAGAAUUAAUGUUAUCCUCGAUCCUUCGUAAAAUCGUGCGGAAAUAAACGGAAAUAAAUCGUGGACAGCUCGUGGUUGUGAGAACUUUGUUAAUAUUCAAUGGGAACAGAGUAGUUCGCAUGAACGUAUGUCGCGCAGUAUUCCGAGAACGGAAACGAUUCACUGUCCGGUAAAGAGAAAGAAGAAGAUAAAGAAAACUUGCAGAUUAAGCUUAAUUCUAAAUAAAGAAAAGGAAGGAAAAGAAAAAGUAAUAAUUAUAAAUAAAAUAAAACUCGCAGCAGGUUUUCGUUCGUGCAAUUGUGCCUUCAAUCGAGAUUUUACUUGCGAAUACUCAUGAAUACGUCGUACCAUCUUCCACGUUUCAAUUUUGUGUAUCGAAAAUGCGGGAAGAAUAUUAAAAAAUAUACUUAGUGCAGCUUGCGUGAGAGAGAAAGAAAAGGUCGAGAAAAAAAUGAGAAAAAAACGAAGGCUAGGAUUUAAGCAAGCGAGAAAAGUCUUCGCAACGAGCUAAGAAAGAAAAGGAAAAUCAUAGACGGACGGAGAAAAGAGUGCUAGUUAGUUAAAUAUAUAGAAAAUUGUUAGAAAAAGAGAGAGAGAGAAAAAAGAAACACUUUCGACUUUUAUGUUUGGCGAAAUUUUUAAAUAUUUUUUCAAAUGUAGGUACAACAUAACCCGUAUACAAUGAUUAACAAUAACAGACCGUAGACGUACGUAUUUGUUAUUACGAGAUAUGACUUGAAUUGCGAUCCUUCGUUUCACGAUAAUUAAUAGUCAUGUCAGCCAUGUAUAUAGAUAUAUAGUUAUACAAUAAACAUACUUAACGAUAAGACUUAGAUGCUGAGUUAAAUUAAAUUAAGCUAGAAAAUGCAGUUUAAACGAUAAUAAUAAUAAUAACAGUUAUAGGUUGAUCGAACGAUGCGCGCGCGCGUGCGGGUGUGUAUGUAUCUGUGUGCGCGUAUGUGUGUAUGUGUGCGUUUAAAUCUACUGAUAAUACGUGACGUAUGAAUGAAUUUUGAAUCUUGUACGCGUAGCUGGAAGUUGUAACGUUUGUGAAUAUAUAAAUAAUAAAAAAGUCAAAAAAACCGA